GUAAGGCAGGUGGCUGCGGAAAUAGCUUCACGGCGACGCCUUUCUGAAAAAUAUACAUUUAAAGUAAAUUUUAAAAAUAAGAAAAUAUAUUGAAACUCACAGUGAGGACAUAAAAUACACUAUAACUGUAGUACUGUCUUUUCCCUCUCCCCUUUUCUUUAAAUAGCAGACUAAUAUUCGGUGUUCACUUUUUUGUUUUUAGCAUUUGUUAGCAAAGUGGCUUAGUUAUCAAUAAUGACCGAUCGGAAAAGCUCACCUUGCUGCUCCUUCCUCUCGUUUUGCUUCGCCUGGUGCUCCUUCAGCAAACGAGACAACAUCUUCAUUCGGCUGGAAGCGUUUGGGAAGUUUACAAAGACAAAUAAAUAGCAAGCUCAGGAAAAAUCGUGCAGGACGCUAACAGCUGUUGAAUCGAGUCACGAGACCAACGUCAUGACGUCAUGAGGAGGCGCUUCAGCGUUGGUUCUUACGACAAUUUGGAAUUACCGCAUCCCUCUGCUAUCAUCACGAGACGGGAGGACAACAUGUUCAUGAAGGCAGAUGUGGAACCAAGCUCGUGCCACCACAAAGACCUGAUGUUUUUGUAGCCAUGUUCCCGCUGUGUUAUGGAUGGGUCGUGUAGGUGCUUGAGCCUAUCCGAGCUAACUACGGGCAGUAGGCGGGGGACACCCUGAACUGGUUGCCAGCCAAUCGCCUACCAUGCAUGUUUUUUGGGGAUGUGUGAGGAAACCGGAGUUCCCGGAGGAAAUCCACGCAGGCACCGGGAGAACAUGCAAAAUCUACUCAGGAUUGAGCCCUUGAUCUCAGAACUGUGAGGCAGACGUGCUAACCACUCAGCCACUGUGCCGCCGAUAUUAAUUAUGAUGAUCUUUAAUAAUAUUUACUGCAACGGCUAUACUGCUGUGGCUGCAACACACAUGCUAUGUGCUGCUAGCCUGUUGCUAAUCAGUACGUUUAGGAUGUCAACCCAUAAAUGCAAGUGUUACAAGUUUUUUGUUCGUUUGUUUACAGGUGGAAAACACUGUCAGGCAAGGGAACACAAGUUGAUGUGCCUCACAACAACACUUGCUGUAUGUUGAUGGACAUAUAUCGAGAUUACGUGCGUUCUACCCGGGGGCGACCGAGAGGCUGGGAGAGAUGGUGGCUCGCCUCGUGGCAGACCAUCAGCUUGAUCCAGAGAGCCAACUAUGUGCUUUUGGCAGCAACGUCAUUCCACCAAACAUUCCACCUCCAACCAUAUAUGUAUAGGCGCUUCCAGGAGUUCACGCACUGCACAGAAUGUCUCCGAGUCUCGUCUACGUCGUGCUGAAUGCAUUUUUGGCGAUUCAGUGGAUUCCACUGGUUUGAUUUUGCAGUUUUAAGUUUGUCAACACACUGCGUACUUUACCGCAAUUCAUGUUGUUCUUUCUAAACCAGAAGUUCGGAGCAGAAAUUUUCCCAAGAUGGCGCAGCCCAUGUGUCGGUCAGGAAACUUGUCUAUCAGACGGAAAAAAACAAAUCAUGAAUAAAACCAAACACGAAAUUAAAAUAAUACUAAUAAUACAAAAUACAGUAUGCCAGUGGUUAAAAACAUUAAAAACGCAUUAAACCUGGAGCAGAAAUACAAUCUUUUUAAAGGCUUUGGAUUUUAUUGAAUUUUGAUAGAUUUAAUAUGUAAUGCCUUUUUUAUUUAUUUUUUUUAAAGGCAAUAGAAUUCAGUUUUGAUAUGGAGUAUUUGCACUUUAUUUGCCAUAAAUAAAAUCAGAUGAACAAAAUACUAUAAUAUUCAUCCAAUAUUCUUACAAUAUUUUUUACAUUUAUUUUAUCCCUCUUUUUUCCCCCAAAUGACGUACACUAAACCAAACUUCAAAAUAAAAGUGUUGCAUAAACUUUACCUUCCACAUACGUAAAAUAAUAAUAUUUUUUAAUUGGUAAAUUGUCAUUACGGUUGCUAUAUAUUAAUUGGACCAAUUUUUAUAACGAAACUAAACAACUUUCUGCCUUACUGGUCACUUAUAUACUUUAUUUUUAAAUACUCGCUACCGGAAAUGGUCUCACGGCUGUAGUUGCUAGCUCCGUGAGCCUCCCUAGUUUAAGCAAUGAUGGCAGUCAGACGGUAUCAAUAACGUGACAACAACAUCAACACGACGUUAGCGGGAUUAACCCCGCGUCCCGUCAUCGUCUGCCCGCGUCAGUUGCUUGUUGUCUUGGCAGUGUUAUGGAUGAGCUAUGAAGGCCCAAUUACAAGUCACAGUGCUUUCUGCCAAGCUCAAGGAAAACAAAAAGAACUGGUUCGGCCCUAGUCCGUAUGUGGAGGUCGCUGUGGAUGGUCAGUCAAAGCGGACCGACAAAUGCAACAACACACACAGUCCAAAAUGGAAGCAGGCACUUACUGUCAUUGUGACACCUCUCAGCAAGCUGAUAUUUCGCGUGUGGAGCCACCAAACGCUCAAGGCGGACAUCUUGCUGGGAAUGGCUACACUGGAGAUCCGCGAAACCCUGAAGGCCAACGAGCUGAAACUGUGUGAGGUGAUCCAGACGUUGCAGCUAUGCUCUGAUAGAGAUUCCCGGGAUAUUGUCGGCGACCUGUCGGUCUGUCUGGACGGCAUGCACGUGGACCCGGAAGCUUUCGCCUCAGCAGAGAAAGACCACGCUUCUACCAUGAAAGAUAAUGUGAAGCCAAAUGGAAACACUGGCAACAGAGCAAGUAGAGAUGCAUCUCCCUCCAGCGACUUGGACGAGUGGGUCAUCGUCCCCGACGUACGCGCCGUUAACGGCUCGAGGUCCCCUUCCCAUUCUCCAGGGGGCGCCGCUUGCCCUCGUCGUUCUAGAUCAGCGCGCCCCUCCUCGGCACCCGGUAGACCCGCCGCUGUUUCACCAAGUAUUUCCUCCAGCAGUUCGUCUCCUAGCGAGUUAAGCGAGGGUCUGGUAACAGACGCCUCCUCGCAGGCAUCUGCCAGUGGAAGUUCGGAUCAGCACGCAGACUCAGGAGGAGCUGUAGCGAGGCCCAUGGUGGCGAGUGGGCCUAAACCCGCCACGCUGGCAGCACCGGUUGCAGCCCCCUCCAGACUCUCGCCUAUAAACAAUGGCCCCUUGCCACAAGGUUGGGAGCAACGCGUGGACCAGAAUGGACGCAUGUAUUUUGUCGAUCACAUUGAGAAACGGACAACUUGGGAACGACCUGAGUCGUUGCCGACGGGGUGGGAGCGCCGGGUAGACCCCAUGGGCCGUGUCUACUUCGUGGACCACAUCACCAGGACCACCACAUGGCAGCGCCCCACGCAAGAGUCGGUGCGCAACUACGAGGAGUGGCAGCAUCAACGCAGCCAGCUACAGGGAGCCAUGCAGCAGUUUAAUCAGAGAUUCAUUUUCGGGCUCCAGGACCAGUUGGCGGCCACCACUAACAAAGAGUUUGAUCCAAUGGGCCCUUUGCCACACGGCUGGGAAAAGAGGACCGACACAAACGGCAGAGUAUAUUUCGUCCAUCACCCGACAAGGACGACUCAGUGGGAAGACCCGAGGACACAAGGUCUGCUGAAUGACAAACCACUACCCGAAGGCUGGGAGAUGAGAUUCACCGUAGACGGAAUCCCCUACUUUGUGGAUCACAACAGGCGAACCACCACCUACAUCGAUCCUCGCACGGGCAAAUCUUCGCUUGAGAACGGACCACAAAUUACAUACGUCAGGGACUUUAAAGCCAAAGUGCAAUACUUCAGGUUCUGGUGUCAGCAACUGUCAAUGCCUCAACACAUUAAGAUUUCCGUAUCCAGGAAAACCUUGUUUGAGGACUCAUUCCAGCAGAUCAUGAGUUUCCAUCCUCAAGAUCUGAGACGAAGACUGUGGAUCAUAUUCCCCGGGGAGGAAGGUUUGGACUACGGUGGCGUGGCCAGGGAGUGGUUCUUCUUGCUAUCUCACGAAGUGCUCAACCCCAUGUACUGCCUGUUCGAGUACGCCGGCAAGGACAACUACUGUCUGCAGAUCAACCCCGCCUCUUACAUCAACCCUGACCACCUCAAGUACUUCAAAUUUAUCGGGCGCUUCAUCGCCAUGGCUUUGUUCCACGGCAAGUUCAUCGACACAGGUUUCUCGCUGCCUUUCUACAAACGCAUCCUGAACAAGCCCCUCGCCCUCAAAGACUUGGAGUCUGUGGAUCCAGAGUUUUAUAACUCUCUCAUAUGGAUCAAGGAUAACAAUAUAGAAGAGUGCGGGCUAGAGAUGUUCUUUUCCGUUGACAAAGAGAUCUUAGGUGAGGUCACCACGCACGAGCUCAAACCAGACGGCGGAAACAUUCAGGUGACCGAGGAAAACAAGGAAGAGUACAUCAGGUUGGUGGCUGAGUGGAGGCUGUCCAGAGGCGUGGAGGAACAGACCCAGGCCUUCUUUGAGGGCUUCAACGAAGUUCUACCCCAGCAGUACCUUCAGUACUUUGACGCCAAGGAACUAGAGGUGAUGCUGUGUGGCAUGCAGGAAAUCGACCUCGUGGACUGGCAAAGGAACACCAUCUACAGGCAUUAUGCUCGCAGCAGCAAACAGAUUCAUUGGUUCUGGCAGUUUGCGAAGGAGAUGGACAACGAGAAGAGGAUGCGACUGCUGCAGUUCGUCACCGGAACGUGUCGCCUCCCUGUUGGGGGCUUUGCUGACCUCAUGGGGAGCAACGGCCCACAGAAAUUCUGCAUCGAAAAAGUGGGCAAAGAGAACUGGCUUCCGAGAAGCCACACAUGCUUUAAUCGCCUGGACUUGCCUCCCUACAAGAGCUACGAGCAAUUAAAGGAGAAACUCAUGUUUGCUAUCGAGGAGACGGAAGGCUUCGGGCAGGAGUAACUACGGCACGCCGCACCUUUUUCCCCUUUGCAUCUGUAAAUCACGUCAACCAUAUGCAAUCACAGCAAAUUUAAGAUUUUCCUACAUUUCCCCACGUUUGAUCGAAAGUCAAAACAUUAUAAUGACUAUGCACUCAGAUUUUAUUCUCAUUUUAUUUUUCAUUUACAGUUUAAUCUCGAGUGUUCUGACUGGAUUGACUUCAAAAUGUAGCACAGGAUGUUCCUUUUGUCAACAUAUUUUUUUAAUGUCACUUUCCUCGCUUUCCCCAACGUAGUUUGCACAGUUUACGGCGUGAUUGUCCCUGACAGAGCUUUUAUUUUUUUAAAGUGCAAUAGUUUUAUAGCUUUACUUAGUUGUUUUGGAUUACUUUACGGGAUAAGUUUAAUUUUAGUGCUGAUCUUGCAAUCUGCAAUGGCGUAUUAGGGCCAAACAAAGAGAGAGAAAAAUUGGGACUUCGAGAAGAACGAGAUCAAAGCCAUAUUAUUACAAGAAUAAAGUCAUACAUUGUAGUAUUAAGACAUAAAAGUUGUAAUACUACCAGAAUAAUGUUGUAAUAUUACGAGAAAAAAAUGUUUUCCUUAUAUGACAAGCUUGAAGUCAUAAUAUUACCAAAAAAAUGGUAUUAAUGAGAAACAAGUUAUAAUAUGAAAAUACUCAGACGUUGUAAUUCUACAAGAUUAAAGUCAUAAUAUUGCAAGAUUAAAAUUGUAUUACUAUGUAAUGUUACGUAAUAUUACAAGAAAAAAAGUCGUAAUGUUACGAAAUUUUACGCAAUCCAGCGAGUCCACUAGUUACGAAACAGUUCCAUUCCUGCGCUGGCGACGUAACCCCAGUUCUCGCACAAGUCUGAUUUCACCGUUAAAAUUCGAAAUUUACGUCAAAACUACUUCACGGUGGACGAGUGGUUAGCACAUUCACCUCUCAGUUUUGAGAUCAAGGGUUCAAUCCCUGGCUCUGAGUUUAUAUGUUCUCCCCGUUCCUGCUUGGGUUUUCUCCGAGGACUCCUGUUUCCUCGUUCGUCCCAAAAACAUGCGUGGUAGGCUGAUUGAACACUCCAAAUUGUCCGUAGGUAUGAGUGUGUGUGUGAAUGGUUAUUUGUCUCAUUGUGCCCUGCGUUUGGCUAGCAUCAAUUCAGGGUGUACCCCGCCUACUGCCCAUAGUUAGCUGGGAUUGGCACUGGCACCCUGUGACCCUUGUGAGGAUAAGCGACAUGGAAAAUGAAUUAAAUACUUCUCACACAAUAACUAAAUACAUUUUAAAGAAAAAAAUGAUGCCGUACUUACCAUUACUGCUAAGAGGUGGAUGGAGUUUUAGGUUUUCAAUGGUUUAUUUACAACCGAAAGCACGCAACACAAUUAGUGUGACACGAAACAAACAAAAACAAAACAGCCCUCUCGUAGUAUUACAAAAUUACGUUAUGUUAUAAAACUUGACGAAUGUUGCAAGAUUCAUUCGUAUUAUUUAGGAAAAAAUGUUGUAGUAUUACAAGAUUAAUAUAUACACCAGUAGAUGCCGCGCGGCCAAUUUAGUUAUACAGUGAUCCCUCGCUACUUUGCGCUUCAAACUUCACGCCCUCAGUCCAUUGCAGAUUUUUUUUUCAAUUAAAAAAUAACACAAUAAAUACAGAUGAGUCGUCCUGAUCCGAUCACGUAGUCUCACUCUCCAUCCUGCUGCUUUUCUUGGUCAGGCAGUGCACUGGAGUUGGUUAUUAAAGUUAAUGACUUUAACGACAGACGUGAAGGUUUGGGCUUGCCAGAGAGGCUUUGAAGUGCCACAUGGGUCAAUCAUCGUUUAACUUGUUAAACAGUUGCUGUGGCAACUCAUUGUGUGUAAGUGAGCAGCUUGAGCGGACUCACUCAAUGAAGCAUUUAAUAAAGGCAAGCAUUUUUCUACUUUAUUCUUGUUUUAAAAUAAUUAUGUGGGACAGUAACAUGUUGAAAACCUAUCAUAAUUAUGUUUGAAGUGCUUAAAAACCAUUUAUUAAUAUAUAUAUAUACAUAAAAGGAAAAAAAUUGUAUUAUACUUUAGGGGGAAAAGUGAAAAACAUGUCAUAUGUAUCUCCUUAUGCUAAAUCUGAAUAAAUAAAUUGAACACUAAAGAAAAAAUUUGGGUGGGGGCUACUUUUUCACUUAUCGCGGCAGGUACUGGUCCCCAUUAACCGUGAAAAACGAGGGAUUACUGUAUUAGCUACUACACUUCCAAAAAAAAAACAGAGCCGACAUUGAUGGAUCAAAAAGCGACGUCACUAUGAAUGCUUGGCUGCAACAAGCCAGUUAUGCCUGUGGAACCCAAAAAGUCAGAAAGAUCGUGAGGCCCCGCUUUUACGGUACCUUGAACGUUUUUUGCUACACAUGUACGGAUGUAUUUAUGUGUGUGUACUAAAAGUUGGAACAAAGGGCGGUGCGCGCCGCGUCGGCCGGGCAUGUGACCGACCGACCGCCGCGCCCCAUUCUCACCACCCUGUACUUCCCAGCUCACCAACCCGCUACAGGCAGGUGACAAGACGAGCAGCGCUGCAAAAUAGUUGGGGUGCGGCUUCGGGAGAGGGCAUUUUCAGACCCCAGGUUUACGGAACAGCUUAAGGGAGCCUCGUCAAACUUUCACCCGACAUUAAGGCCGGUCGGGUGGCGAAGGCAUUGGACGGUUUCCAGUCGUACGUACCUGAUAUCAGCCCACUCACCGUGGUGUAUUUGGGCCUGGCGCCGCCGCCGCUUUGCUCCAGACGGAGGCGCGCGUCCCGCUGCCCGUGGAUGGUGUGAGGCCAGUAGCAAGGCCACGGCCUUCCCUAAGUCGGGUUGUUUGGUAAUGCAGCCCAAAGCGGGCGGUAAACUCCAUCUAAGGCUAAACACCGGCACGAGACCGAUAGUCGGGCGCUUCCCCCCUCCCUAAGCCUGGCUCUCCCGGGACUCACGCCAGCGGGUUCUGGGGUGGAGUGGGCCCGGCGCCUAGUGCGGCAAUGCGAGCGAUCCCGGUGAAGCCCCCGCGGAGCCCACCCGUUUAUCUCGAUUGUAUAUAGAGACUUCCACCCCUCUCGGCCCUCUUCGCAUACCCGCUGAAAGAGCACUAUGCUCGGCUUGGACCCUGCUCUCGUCUGCGGUUCUCGAUUGUGUAGAGACUUACUUCCCUUUGCAAAAACCCUCACAAAAUCCUCCAUGUCCAUCCAAGUUACUUGUUAGGAAUUUCUCAUGGGUGAAAAUCACUAAAUUCCUCUUUCUUUUUUGUAACAUGGUGCGACGAUAGGGGGUUUGAACCCGGGACAAUGUGGAGAAUGAAUUUUCACACGCUGCUGAAAACACUCCAACUACCAGGGCUGUAACAUACAAUGUAUGUAACUCGGGAAAGGCUUCCUUGUACUCCUGCAAGUGUUUACACACAGUGGACAAGCCUGUUGUUCCGACUCGCGCGCGCGUUAGACUCCUUGGCGACAAUCACGGAGGGCCACCUGCGCACUUCGUUCUUUCGGGCGGUUCUCAAUUGUGUAGAGACUUCCAUCCCUCUCGGCCCUCUUCGCAUGCGUGCCGAGAGAGCGCUAUGCUGGGCUUGGGCCCGGGGAACCCCCCGCUUUCGUCUGUGGUUCUUAAUUGUGUAGAGACUUCCACCCGCUCAGGGCUCGCCCUCCUGCCUACAGGGUAAGUGGAAAAGCAAUAAGAGUAGUGGUAUUUCACCGGCGACGCCCCAGCGCGAGGCCACUACACCCCUCAUGUCUCUUCACAGUGCCAGACUUGAGAGAGGGUGCAACUGGGUUAAAUCGAGAAAUGCAAGGGUUUUGGGUUUAAGACUAAAUAUUGCUUUCAUCAGGUCAAUAUUUCUCUGGGAAAAUCUUGUUUCCAUUUCUGAAAUGGCCCUGCCAAGGAUGUUGAGCAGAGCUCUUUUCAGAGACUGAUGGGGAUUGAGGGCAGGAUGCUCUGCCCAGGCAUAGUUCACCAUCUUUCGGGUCCCAUCGCGCGCUCCAGCUCUUGAGAUUUGGUGCAUCAUAUUUGUCAGACACGUGCUGAUACUGAUAAAAACUUGUAGAAUGAACAAGAGAGGUCAAAAAAUCUUUUUGCACCUGAUUCCCUCUGCAUGGCAUGUACAACUAAAGGUCGACCAACACCUUUUCUGGCCUUAACCUGGCGUUCGCUUCAUCCCGCAGCGCCAGUUCUGCUUACCAAAUGUGGCCUACUGGGCAGCUCGCAUUCCAUGCCAGGGAAAAUGUCUUGCCCCUCAAAUAAAAAUUUUAGAAGUGCCCCACAUAUGAUGCCCCUACACAUUUCUGACUACCCCCUCAUAUAUUCCUGCCUACAAUCAGCCCUGGACCCCUAUGUAAAGCCCCGCACCAGACUGUGGAUUGUAGAGGAGAUGGCCCCGAGGCGGGAAAGGUAUGGUGUAUAGGGAUUUUCGGGGGCGCACGUGGUCUGUGUGAGGCGGGAGAGCCAUCAGCAGCCUUGCAAUAAACUCCUGGCGCCUCCACUCGGAGGGCUGCCCACGCGCUUCUGUAGCCCCUUGUCUCGAUCAAGACCUGCUUUCCAGUUGUUAAAACCAGUUAAGGUAAAUACAACAUCCCUCCCAUUAGCAGUGCUACCAUAUUUCCGACAGAGGAAACAGAAGCAGGCAUCUCAUACAAGAGAGUACUUUCACCCCUAUACCCAGGUCAGACGACCGAUUUGCAUAUCAGCACCGCUGCGGGCCUUCACUAGAGUUUCCUCUGGCUUCGCCCUUUCCAGGCGCAUAGUUCACCAUCUUUCGGGUCCCUUUGCGCACGCACUCCAGCUUCACCUUCCUCAACAAUGUGGGUGAGACAGGCUGGGUAGACCAAAUAGGCUGGCGGUCUGUCCGACGUAGGGGUCCAGUGUUGGCAGGCAUGUAUGUGGGGGCAGUCAGAAAUGUGUAGGGAGCAUCGUAUGUGGGGCUAAAAUUUUGAUUUGAGGGGGCAAGACAUUAGCCGGAUAUUUGCCCACCGAGUUGAAUCCCCCGGAUUGCGCGGGCCCCACUCGUUUUACCUCUCAACGAUUUCACACCCUGUUGAACUCUCUCUUCUCUUCAAACUUCUUUUCAACUUUCCCUUAAGGUACUUGUCAAUGAUUGGUCUGGGCGCCAGGCCCCCCCACCCCGGAACCCGACCCCCGCCGAAACCCGCUGACGCGAGUCCGGGAGAACCAGCCUCAGGGAGGUGGGGAAGCGCCAGCGCCCGUCUCCGCCCCACGGGCAGGGGGCCGUGCGGGGCGCGGGAGGGUUCCGUCCCACCCCACCCCAACCUCCCAUCCCCGUCCUGUCCUGCCCCUCGCAUGCUCACCCUCGUCGGCGGGGCUACCUGAGCAGAACCGGGAGGGGCUCCCGUGCCCAAGACGAGCGUGGCGGGGUGCCUCGGCUGGUGCCUAGCAGCUUAGAACUGGUCCGGUGCGUGGGAAUCCAACUGUUUAAUUAAAACAAAGCAUCGCGAAGGCCCACGGCGGGUGUUGACGCGAUGUGAUUUCUGCCCAGUGCUCUAAAUGUCAAAGGACAUUUAGUGUAUUUGCUUGGCUGAGGAGCCAAUGGUGUGAGGCUACCAUCCGUGGGAUUAUGACUGAACGCCUUUACGUCAGAAUCCGACCUAGCCAAGACAAUACCGUAGCACCGCGGCACUCCGAUGGGACCCUGAUAGCCAGCCCAACGAGAUUCCUACUGUCCCUACUAGCCCUCUAGCGAAACCACAGCCAGGGGAGCGGGCUUGGCGGAAUCAACGGGGAAAUUUAGCUAAAUUAGUUGUACUGCACCCACACAUUUUAGAUAACGUAAAAAGACAUAAUAUAACAAUUUUAAUUUAAUCACAACUUUAACCUUGUAAUAUAACGGCGUUUGUGAUAUUACGUUUUUUUUCUUGUAAUAUUGCGACUUUUGUAUUCCAACAUUUGGCAUCAUUCUUGUGAUAUUCCGACUUUAAUCACAUAUCGUGACUUACUUCUCAUAGUCAUAUUUUUGUUUGGCCCUAAUACUCCAUCGUAAGUAUCUGAUAUGUUGCGGGGUAAUGUUAGUGGUUUGCUUCUGAUUUCAUAGGACCAAACUUUCACCAAAAAGGGAAAAUGUAAAUUUAUUGGACCUCAAAUGGUCCUUUUGUAUUCUGUGGGUGGAAAUUGUUAAAGAAAAUGCUACUUAUGAAGUGGGAACAAUCAUACGAGAUUUGAUCUGUAAAUAAAUGUCUUAUUCCCACUGAGUGGUAACAAAGUCUUUUACGUAUGUCUAGAUAAAUAACUAAGGAGCUACAUGACUAACGCAUACUCUUGUUGAAUCACUACACAAUUAUUGGUCCCUUUUAGUGGUUGUGGCUUGUAAGUGAAGUACUCGCAGCAACCCUAGUUUUAUAGGGUGUCAAGUAUGGUCGUUAUUAGGUUGCUUUUCCCCUCAAAUUUGCUCCUUUCAGGCUGUCUGCAAAAUGAAUGGAUAAAAAUCAUUGGGGGGGUGUCCGUGAAUACAUAAAAAUGUUGAUAAUCAGUCAAAAAAAGAUAAAAAAUUACACAUAAAAAUGCAACGAAAAAAGGAGAAAUCCUCAAUUUGAAAAAACAAAAAUUCAGUGAGAACACAGAAAUUUAAGAGUCAAAAUUGGAAGUCUAUCACCAUCAAUAGUGAAACAUGAUCAGUCAAUGCCAGAUGUCCCAGUUGAAAUGGGUUAGAUGUCUUUGAAUAAGUUUGUCAGCAAAGGUUUGCACUCACAAGUCAAAGCAAAAACAAUCAACACAAUCUCUAUUAACCCGUAAACCAUGUCACUCGUAUCUCACGGCAAUACUGUGUUGCCACAUUACUAAAUAUAUUACACCUAAUGAGGGAUAUGAAAGUCUUUUGUAAUCAUAAGCCAUGGAAAAUUAUAGCUAGCAAAUAUUUACAGAUACCGUCUUUAAUAUUCAAAUAACUCAUUCAGUAGCAAACAUGUCGAGACAUCCCUUUCUUUCAAGCGUCACAGAAUAUUGUCUUCUGCGGCCACAUGAACAGGGAAUUUACAAAAGGAAUCAUUAGAUUCCUACCCUUCAUUAUUGAAAAAAAAAUACUCAUUUUUGUGUGUGUGUCCUUUAGUUAUGAGCAAAUAAUUGUCACAACAUUCUUUGGCAGAGAAUGAGUCAAAUGUAAAUCAUGCAUCAAAGGGUUGUUACCCAAAACCUUAAAGGCCAAAUGUGAACAAAAACAUAGUUGGCACAUUGUUGUUGUAACAAUGUGCCAACUAUGUUUUUGAAUAAUAUCAAUGGCUAAACAAUUAUAAGCAUAUUUUCGUUUUUUUUUUUUUUGAUGCAACCCUUCCAGAUUCUUUGUUUAACCCAUAGCAACGCCCUUGACAACGAAAAUGCUUUUCUUCGGAAAUCUUCGGAAUUGACGUCACACCAAGAACUGCGAGGGAAGUCCGCCAUACACACAGUAUUGUUGCAUUGCUUCUCGGUAAGAUGCCACGGUGGUGUGUGGCGAUGUAUUGUUCUCAAUCUAAAGAAAAGUUGUAUGAGCGGCUGAAGGAUAGCAGGGGACGUUUGGACAUCUUUUGUUCGCACUAAACGAAUGAAUUUCACGCCAUCAUCGAGUCGUGUUCUCUGCUACAAGGACUUCGAAGAUGCCUGCUUCUUCAACCGGUCUGCUUAUGAUCAAGGAUUUGCAAAAAAGUGUGAUUUUUGGAUAGAUGACUGAUGACUUUGUCAAAGCAGAGCUGCCAACUGUUGUGGAACUGCUUAAUUUGUAAAUCAUAAGGUGCCAGAACGCAAAGUACAUAUGACAGUGCCGGGAUGACGGCAUGUGGACAGGUCCCGGAACAUAUUGUAAUAGCCCGAGUAGGGAAAUAGAAAGGAGAGGAGUGAAUGAUGGCUUCCUUCACAUUAUUGUGGCAACAUUUAAAUAACAAAAAUAACAGCGGACUGCUGCAACAUGCGACCGCCAACUUCGCUCUCACGCCGCACCCUUCUCCACACUUCCCGGUACGUCACCACUCUGCUGUCCGAUGGCCCCUUCACGGGCCCGCAAACAGUUACGGACAUUACAUUAUGCUGAAAACAAAACGCAAAUGCCCACUUGCCAUGCUGUGGGACUUUCUGUUUUUUCUUUCUUUUCCAUGUGCUUUUCUGACUCGUUUUGAACCAUCUUCCUUCUUUUUGAAAAAGACAGUAAAUGCAACAGUCUUUUUGGCAUGUUGAAAUACCGUUUGAUCCUGGCUGCUUGCUCCUAAGAUGCUGCAAAUUUCAAGUUUUUUUUUUUUUUAAAUGUCAGGAGUGUGAUUUGUUGGUCCAGCUUCUCAGUGCAUCAACAAAUCUCCCGACUCUUUCAUAUGUAAUAUUCUCAUAUAAUGUUUUUCGAGGCACCCUGAAGUGCACGCAACGUUACUCUUGUUUUGGUCACAUGACGCAGGAGUGUGAUAGAGAAGCACUGGCUCUAUCUAUCGCUCCGCACAGCCUGCCGAGAGCCCCAAGCUGUGUUCGUAUUGUUAGCUCCAUGUGUUAAUAAAGAAACAAAGUUGUCAGCACGUCGUGUGUUCGAUACCUUUGUCAACAAAAAGCUCAUAACAAGAUACUAUGCACGAUCUGUUUAAGAGACGCUGGGACUGGAGAGCUGUGAGUAGUAGGAAGCGAGGGUAAGAUGGUGAGAAGCAAAACUUUGCGGUCGAAUGUGGCGGCAGUCCGCUAUUAUUUUGUUUUUUUAAUGUUGCCACAAUAAAGUGGAGAAAGCCAUCAACGACUCAUCUUCUUUCCCCCCAACGUUUUUAUAUUAUUAUUUUAUAUGCACGAGAGCUGCCGGAGCUGCCAAAAUGAACAUGAAGUCAUUUUUUUUUUUUUUAAACAAUGUCAUCAAAUAGACAGAAACAUAAAAUGAUGUGCAAAUGCCUGCAUCUUCAAAUCUUGAAAAUAAUAACAGCCUAUAUCUUGCCAAUCUUGUAAUCUCGAUGGGUCUUGUCUCCAUUUCAUGUCAGGUAGUCCAGGCACAUUGUUUGCAUCCUGAUUAGCGUCUGGCUAAUACAUGUUAGGGCCAACAUAAAAUUCCAACCUCCUCUUCUUCCUCCAACUCUUCAAAAACUUGGAUCUCCUCCCUUGCGCUCGAUCUAUCGCUUAUAUCGCUGUUUGAAGGGCUUUGUAUGGUGGCCGUAUGGAGCGCUGCCAUCACUGUUGUCGGUGUGACAUGUCACUUCCAGGUUCGUCCCCUUUCAGGCUCGAACUUCGGAAAUGCGAUUAUUUGUCAAAUAUACAACAUAGAAAUUAUUUUUUCAUGCUUUAUUUGUUGGACAAUGUUAAUUACUUUAAUUGUGACCCUAUUUGGCAUGUUAUGAAAUUACUUCACAUUUGGUCUUUAAGUUGAUCGUUCUCAGUCAGUUUGUAAUGCUUGAAUGCAUCAUAGCAGCAUAGUCGGAUACAUCUUAAUGUUUAUUUGGUUUGAUCGAAUGCAGUUAUACUGUAUACUUUGAUAACUAUCAAUCGAAAAGUACACUUGUUUGAUUUUUGUUUUCAAGGCGUACAAAAUGUUACAUACUCAGUUAUUACACACACAUUUGAGAAUUCAUAUGCGGACAAGUGUUGAGGGGUAAAUUGUUUUGUUACUCA